CCGUACAGCCUUACAGAUGGUAGACUGAUGAUUAGGGUUCGAAUCUCCGUAAAAGUAUACUCCUUAAUAAAUCAAAUUGGAAACCGUCUAGGGUUCGAAUCUCCACAAGCUUAACAAAAUUGGGAAUUUCCAAAGCAUUACGAAGGAAGAAGGAGAGUGGCAAUGGAAGAACUUCAACCUCAACCACAACCAUCCAUUGGCACUAGCAGCAAGAAAGGGAAGAAGAAACCACCGGCUCGGGAGAAGAAGAAAUCGGAGAAAACAGCUCAGAACAAACCAGGUGCUACUACUACUACUACUUCAGUCAACAAACACCAACCUACUGGUCGUUUAGAUGGCCCCAAGGUUAAGGUUUCAGAGUUUGAUCACUGUAUUGAAAACCAUUUUAACGCCAUGGAUACAAUUGUCGAGCUCUGUUGUGAGGCAGAGGAUGGCGGAAUUGAUGAAAGUGAUAUUCAGCGCUUUGCAUCAUCGACAAUUUUUCUGAGGGAAUGGAGGUUCUACAAUUAUGAACCGAAAUUUAUCAAAUUUGCUAGUGAUUCGAGAGGCCCUGAGGGUAAGGAUGCUGACAUCACGAUAACCUUGCCACAGUUUUCUUCUGCAGCUGUUCUAAAGAAUGGAGCACCCCCUGGAGCUACUACAUCUCUGGACUUUCGAAACUUUGCUAUGCACGUUGGUGGACCUGUUUGGGCGUUAGAUUGGUGUCCUCAAGUUCAUGAAAGGACCGACUCCCUUAUCAAAUGUGAGUUUAUUGCUGUUUCUGCUCAUCCACCUGGUUCUUCUUAUCACAAGAUGGGUAUCCCGCUCACUGGAAGAGGUAUGGUGCAGAUAUGGUGUUUUGUGCAUGGCACUGAAAGCUAUGAACCGACCAAUGUAGAAGAGCCACCUGCAGACUUAUCAUCUCAACCAAAGAGGCCUAGAGGAAGACCAUCUGGGCGCAAGAAAAAUGGGGCAUCGGGCUUGCCACCUCAACCAAAGAGGCCUAGAGGAAGACCCAAAAAGAAACAAGAAGAAUCCAAUGAUAAGAAGGGUGACAGCUGCCCACUUGUUCAGGCCUUUUCUAUUGAAAACCCGGUGGGUUCAUCCAACUUACUUGAGAUGGAUGGUGUCCCCAAAAAUUCUGAAAAUAUUGUAUUACUGGAAAACAGUGUGGAAAGAGAGAGGAGUACCUUACAAGAAGUUUCUACAUGCAAUUCUGAAGAUGAAGUUCCUGCGCAGAAGAGAAGAGUGAGAAGAAAAACUGAGCCUAAGAAUCAUGUUGGUGACGUGGGAAUGUUAUCACUUACAGAGAAUCGAGAAGAUGGAUCCAAUGCUAUCAGUCUUGAGGCAAAUGAGAAUGUUGUAUGUGAAUAUUCUGGGGAAGACAAUCUAUUAUGUAAGAACAUUUCAGGGAAUGCUGUCUUAGAUACUAGCUCAAUUGAAUUUUCUAUUCCCGAGAGUGUUGCUUUGCCAAGAGUCGUACUGUGCUUAGCUCACAAUGGAAAGGUAGCAUGGGAUUUGAAAUGGAAGCCAACUAAUGCGAGUACUGACAAUUGCAAGCUCCGAAUGGGCUACCUUGCUGUCUUGCUGGGAAAUGGAUCUCUAGAAGUCUGGGAGGUUCCUUUUCCCCAUGCAGUGAAGGCCAUCUAUUCUAAAUUCAAUGGGGAGGGUACAGAUCCUCGCUUUGUGAAGUUGAAGCCUAUUUUCAGAUGCUCGAUGUUGAGAAAUGCAAAUACACAGAGCAUCCCUCUGACAGUGGAAUGGUCGCAAACACCUCCUUAUGAUUAUCUACUCGCUGGAUGUCAUGAUGGAACGGUUGCAUUGUGGAAGUUUUCUGCAAACAGUUCCUGUGAAGAUACGAGGCCUUUACUUCGUUUUAGUGCAGAUACAGUUCCAAUAAGAGCUGUUGCAUGGGCACCAAGUGAAAGCGGUUCUGAAAGUGCAAAUGUGAUACUUACUGCUGGUCAUGGAGGUCUAAAAUUUUGGGACCUAAGAGAUCCUUUCCGUCCGUUGUGGGACCUUCAUCCAGCACCGAGGAUAAUAUAUAGUCUGGACUGGCUUCCUAAUCCUAGAUGCGUUUUUUUAUCCUUUGAUGAUGGAACAUUGAGACUUCUCAGUUUGCUAAAGGCUGCAUAUGAUGUUCCAGUAACUGGUCAACCCUUUACAGCGAUAAAACAAAAAGGGCUACACACUUACUUUUGUUCAUCAUAUGCCAUCUGGAGUAUUCAAGUGUCAAGGCAGACAGGCAUGGUUGCAUAUUGUGGUGCUGAUGGAGCUGUUGUCCGUUUCCAGCUUACGACGAAAGCAGCAGACAAAGAGAAUUCACGCCAUCGCACCCCACAUUAUGUGUGCGAAUACUUAACCGAGGAGGAAUCAACUAUUACAAUCCACUCUCCACCAAAUAUUCCAUUCUCUUUGAAGAAGCUGUCCAACAAAUCUGAACACCCAUUGUCCAUGCGAGCUAUUUUAUCUGAUUCAAUGCAGUCAAAUGAAGGAAAUCAUAAAACUGCCACAGCUCCGGCAUUGGAAAAUGAAUCAGCCCUUUGCUCAGAUGUCGAUGUCGGUGUUGAAUCUGGAAUUGAGGAUACAUUGAUGUCCAUCAAGAAGAAAAACCGAACUCAGUCAAAGUGCAAGAAGGGGGUUGAGAACCAAAAAUUGGAUUGUAGUGAUGAGCCUAAUGACGAUGCACAGAUGGAUGCUGACGUAGAUGGACAGACGGAUGCUGCCGUAGUGCCUGGUUCGAGGGAUCAAUUUGAAAGUCUCCCGCCCAAAUCCGUUGCAAUGCAUAGAGUGAGAUGGAACAUGAACAUAGGGAGUGAAAGAUGGUUGUGCUAUGGUGGAGCAGCUGGAAUUCUUCGCUGUCAGGAGAUUGUGCUGUCUACCCUCGAUAUGAAGUUGAUGAAGAAAAAAUGAAACUUACAAAAAAACGGCUUGGCAAAAAUGUUUGUGGGCAGCUGAUUUUCACGAAGCGAUUCGUGAUCUUGCUCAAUUCUUUGUACAGUUAUAAGACCCAAGAAGCCAUUUCGAAUUGCAAAAGUUAUUGCCAUCGAGCUACGGUGCCUUCAUCCUCGAGGGGCUAACUUAUGGAAGCAGCUAAAGGAAUAAAAGAGCAUGACCUAACAGAAAGACCAUUAACUGGGGAGGUGGGUUAAGGAGUUCAAGAGCCCAAGCAGAUGAAUUUGAUUUGGUUUUGGAUCUAGUUGAAAUGGAACGGGCACCAAGCAGACAUGGUUAAAAAAAAAAAAAAAAACAAAACUGUAUCUUUUAGCCAAUUGUGUAUUCUAAAAUGACUGACACAGAGCUCGCAUCCUUAGCUUAUAGGAUGCGGGUUUAGUAUGUCGUGAGACAAUUCGGCUAGAAGAUCAGUUUCUUUUAAAUAAGGGGAUGGGGUUUGUUUCAUCUUAGGGACUUUUUAUUUAUCAUAUUUAAUACGUUUUUUUCUCUUCUGUAAUGUAAAUGAACUUUUAAAUAAUGUUUCCCUCCUAAACUUUUUAUUAUCAGUUUGCAUAAUUUCACGAGUUUCUUCAA